AAAACAAGGAAAACAAUUAAUUAAACUAUAAAUUUGUUUAAUAUUAAUAUGGAAUCAGUAUGUCCAACUCCGUAGUUACAUUGUCUUCAUUUAAUAUAUUAUUUUUCACACAAGUGCUAACAGUAUUAACAUCAACUAUCAAAUACAACGAAUACGUGACAGAUAAAGGGGAGAAUAUUUCAAUACCAUGUAUUGCUGAUGGCAACAUAAUGUGGGUCAAAGAAAAUGGCAGUAAUAAUAGCACAAUUAUACAGACAGGUAAAUAUUUGGUGCUCACAAAUGUCUCAGCCUCUGACCGAGGUUUGUAUGUGUGCUUUGCUGCUGUGACAUCCAGUCAAAGUCUGGAAUAUGAUGACCAGAGUGAAAACAAUAGUACUUCAUUAAAUGUACAUGCAACACAAAUUGACAAAGACGAAGUACAACAAAAUGAUGAUCAUGAUGAUGGUGAUGAGGAAGAUGAUGACAGAGAUGAUGAACAAGUGCUUUUAACAUCGACUACAACAAAAACAACAAAUCAUUAUAAUGAUACAACAUUUGUUAAGCCUUUAGUAGAAAAUAAAAAUAUUACAACACAAAUAAUAACAACAACAAAACAAAAAACAACAACAACACAUAAACAAAAUGCUUCAACUACCUCAAUGCUUCCAAUGCCUAACAAUGUAACAGCAACAACAAGAACACCAACAUUAACUGUUUCAGCCUCAGCUUCUGGCUCCGCAACAACAAAAACCACUACAACAACUAUAGUUAUUAAAACCCUAACAAAUGCUAAUUCCUCCACACUUCUUCACACAACGGAUAUCACCUUCAACGAACACAGCAACAACAAUUAUCACAGUAUAAGCAGUAGCAAUAGCAGCAGCAGCAGUAGUAGCAGCAGUAGUGACUUGAAUUUAACCACUUUCACCCCAAUUCUAACCAGCACCAUCGAUGACAUAGAAGAACAAGAAUUCCAAGCAUUUCAGAAAAUCAAUCUAACCGUUCGUACCCCACCCGGUCCUGUUACCAAACUGUACUUUAAAGCUUCAACGAUUUUGGGUUUCCUGAUUUGGCGUUUUAAUAAAACCAAUUCGGGCGGCUAUCCAGUGCGCAGUUUUACGGCUGAAUUUCGCAAUAUAUCGUAUGUGUCACCACCGUUCAAUAGUAGUUUUGAGCAUAAAUGGAGUCGUAUGGAUCCCAUCAAUAUUGCACCAAAUGUGCGACAAAUGGAAGUUUAUCGUUUGGAACCCAAUACCACAUAUGAAUUUCGAAUAUGGGCCAACAAUCAAUUAGGAAGUGGUGAAGUUGUUACAACAAAUGUUACAACAUUACCGGAAACAAAAGAAGAAGAUUUAAUACGCCUUAUACAACCAGAUUUAGAUAAUUUUGAUCCACGUAUUUGGAUUGUUGCUGUCAGUAUAGUACUUGGAACAUUUGUGAUAUUAGCUAUUGGAUUAUGUAUAGUUCUAACCAAAGAGUGCUAUCAAUCAUCUCAAGCGGAGUUCGAGGAUGGUUGGGAUAGCAUCGAAUUGAUACCGAAUAUUAUAUUAAAUCCUGGUUUCUGUGAAACAGAUGGUCAAACAGCAGCACCUCGAACCGUCAUCUUUGGUGGCGACGAUGACAGCGAUGACAGUUGUGAAUCAGAAUCGGACCAUGAGCCACGCAUGGAAAAAUUCAAACGUAAAUUAUCGGUAUUCUUUACAGAUCCCACCAUUUACCGUUCGCAUAUUUGAGAAGAGUACAAAGUGUUUUUUAAUAAAAUUUUAUUUAAUUUUGUAAAAUUAUUUUUUUCGAUUUGUUGGAAUUUUACUUUUUAAUUUUGAGUAUUAAUUUAAUGUAUUAAAGUGAAAUUAAUGUAUAAAAAAACAUAUAUCAAAAAU